UUUAAAGUGAACUUCCACUUCAGUCUUGAUAUCAAGGAAACACCAAAUGCAUUCCCUUUUUUGACCAACUCCAACUAACUACCUUGAAGCCACCUUGAACGUGUCUUAAUUAAAGCUUUUUCCAUGUGCGUCCAUUCUCUCUAUAUAAGGCAUUUCAUUUCUUUACUUCUUCUUCACUAAACUCAAUACCAAUUCUCUCAAUCCCACUCAUUAGCAAAACCAGUAACAAUGGGAAGCCUUCCGACUAAUAACCUUGAGAGCAUCUCACUGUGUUCGCAAAAUCCACUUGAUCCAGAUGAAUUCAGAAGGCAAGGUCACAUGAUUAUUGAUUUCCUUGCUGAUUACUACAAAAAUGUUGAGAAGUAUCCAGUUAGAAGCCAAGUCGAGCCCGGUUAUUUGAAGAAACGGUUACCCGAAUCUGCUCCAUACAAUCCUGAAUCCAUUGAAACUAUUCUUGAAGAUGUCACAAAUGAUAUCAUACCUGGUCUAACUCACUGGCAAAGUCCAAAUUACUUUGCUUACUUUCCUUCUAGUGGUUCCAUUGCUGGUUUCCUUGGAGAGAUGCUAAGUACCGGAUUUAAUGUUGUCGGCUUCAAUUGGAUGUCAUCUCCGGCUGCAACUGAGUUGGAGAGUAUUGUUAUGAAUUGGCUUGGCCAGAUGCUUACGCUUCCCAAAUCAUUUCUCUUCUCAUCAGAUGGAAGUUCAGGAGGAGGCGGUGUUUUGCAAGGGACUACUUGUGAAGCCAUUUUAUGUACUCUAACUGCAGCGAGAGACAAAAUGUUGAACAAAAUUGGUAGAGAAAAUAUUAACAAGUUGGUUGUUUAUGCUUCUGAUCAAACCCAUUGUGCACUUCAAAAAGCUGCUCAGAUUGCUGGGAUUAAUCCGAAGAACGUCCGCGCUAUUAAAACGUCCAAGGCUACAAAUUUCGGUCUCUCUCCAAAUUCACUUCAAUCGGCAAUUCUUGCAGAUAUCGAAUCUGGGUUAGUUCCGUUGUUCCUCUGUGCUACCGUCGGAACAACUUCUUCAACAGCCGUAGAUCCUAUUGGCCCUCUCUGCGCGGUGGCAAAACUGUAUGGUAUUUGGGUUCAUAUCGAUGCGGCUUAUGCUGGAAGUGCUUGUAUCUGCCCAGAGUUCAGGCACUUCAUUGAUGGUGUGGAAGAUGCAGAUUCAUUUAGUCUAAAUGCACACAAGUGGUUCUUCACUACAUUGGAUUGUUGUUGUUUAUGGGUGAAAGACUCCGACUCCCUUGUUAAAGCAUUAUCAACAAGUCCAGAAUACUUGAAGAACAAAGCAACGGAAUCAAAACAAGUUAUUGAUUACAAAGACUGGCAAAUAGCUCUCAGCAGAAGAUUCCGAUCCAUGAAACUCUGGUUAGUCCUUCGCAGCUACGGGGUUGCUAACUUAAGAACCUUCCUCAGGAGUCAUGUUAAAAUGGCUAAGCAUUUUCAAGGGCUCAUAGGCAUGGAUAACAGGUUUGAGAUUGUGGUUCCAAGAACAUUUGCCAUGGUGUGCUUUCGCCUUAAACCAACUGCAAUUUUCAAGCAAAAGAUAGUCGAUAAUGAUUACAUUGAAGAUCAAACAAAUGAGGUAAAUGUGAAAUUGCUUGAAUCAGUCAAUGCGUCCGGCAAGAUAUACAUGACUCAUGCUGUUGUAGGAGGGGUGUACAUGAUUCGGUUUGCCGUUGGGGCAACACUGACAGAGGAAAGACAUGUGACUGGGGCGUGGAAGGUAGUUCAGGAGCAUACAGAUGCCAUACUUGGUGCCUAGCUACCAUUCAGGAGAUUUUCGAUUAAGGAAAUAGAAAAGGAACCCAUGAAAAUUCUUAGAUCACCAAUAAUUUAUUGAUUUAUUUUUGUAUAUGUUUUCAAGAAAUUACAAUUCAAUUUAUUAAUAUUUUCUCCACACCAA